AUGACUAAUGUGGCAGAAGAUGCAUUAAUUGGUGGGAGAUUGGGAUAUAUGGUUAUUGCUUCUUUUCAUCAAACACUUUGGAAUGUUACUUCGCUAAGCUCAGGAAGUGUUCGUAUAAGAAAUAUGGGCCAUCUGUUUGGCAACGACGUCCUUCGCCUCUUCCACGGAAAUGAUGAAUGUUUAACUAUUCCAGAGAAUUGGAGUGAAUAUCCCUUACAUAAUUUAGUAAAUUUUCAAAGAAAAUUAUUUUUUAAAGAAAAAUUAAAGAUAAUAUACGAAGGAGGUCCUGCUGUUACUCAAGCAAGAUCACUUUGGAGAAUAGAAUUAAUUAGAACUAAAUGGCAUGGAGCUCUUCCUUUUCGAAUUCGGCAUAUCACAACAGGCCGAUAUUUAGGAGUUGUAGAGGGAAUGAAUGAAAAACUUGUCCAGCUUUUGCAUAGAGACCGUGCUACCUAUCAAAAUAGCGCUUUUGUACUUUGUCCAAAUAAAGAUCCAAAAAAGCAAAUGUUGGUUGAUGAAAAAGAAGAGGAAGGAAUGGGACAAGCAACAAUACGUUAUGGGGAAACAAAUGCUUUUAUUAGGCAUGUUGAAAGAGAAGUAUGGCUUACUUACCAAACAUCUGAAGUUACAAGAAAGGGGAUUGGAAAAGUUGAGGAGAAGAAAGCUAUAGCACAUAGUGAAGGUCAUAUGGAUGAUUGUUAUACAUUUUUUAUGGCAUUGAGCGAGGAAAGUAUGUCCGCUCGAGUAAUUAGGAAAUGUUCUGCUGUUCUGAAUCGCUUUCUAAAAGGAAUCGAAGGCCUUCAAACAGAUGGAAAUGAAUCGCGUGAUUGGCGCCGUGUUGAUCUAAAUGAAGUUUUAAUGCUCAUGAGAGACCUUAUUGACUAUUUUGCACAGCCUGAAGAGCAACUAGAUUUCGAAUCGAGACAAAAUCGUUUUCGGGCUCUCAGAUCAAGACAAGAUUUAUUCCAGGCAUUUAUUAAAUAUUAUGAAACAAAGAAUUUUUAA